AUGUCCGACAAACCGACCACCGCGCACGUCGAAGCCGCGCCGCUGCCCUCGUCGUCGCCGUACGGCGGCUCGAGCAACACGCCAAGCGAGACAGAGAAGGCAGCGUACACCGCCCACGUACGCGAAAUCACGGAAAAGUACCAUGACCAAGGGGAGGCGGCCAAGCUCGAGGAGCUCGGAUACCAGCAGGAAGUCAAGCGCAACAUGACCAUGAUCGGCGUGCUGGGCCUCAGCUUCGCCAUCAUGGCCGUGCCCCUCGGUGUGAGCUUGAUGCUGGGCACAUUCUUGACCUGUGGCGGGCCAGUGACGAUGGUGUAUGGCUGGACAUUUGUCUCGGGCGUGUCAAUGUGCAUGGCGAGCAGCCUCGCCGAGAUCUGCUCAGUCUUCCCGACCUCGGGCGGCGUGUACUACUGGUCGGCCAUGCUCUCGCCGCCAAAGUUCAGCCGCUUCGCAUCCUACCUAACGGGGUGGUUUGCUGUGGUGUCAAACUGGACCCUCGCCGGGUCGAUUGCGUUCGGAGGGAGCCAGCUCGUGCUCGCCGCCGUGACGCUCUUCCAUGAGGACUAUGUCCCGACCGCGUGGCAGACGCUGCUGGUGUACUGGGCCGCGCUGGCCUGCGAGUUCGUCAUCAACCUCUACGGCAACGACUACAUUGACCGCCUCAACACGUUCGUGCUGUACUGGACCGGCGCGUCGACCAUCAUCAUUAUCGUCACGCUUCUUGUCAAGUCGGACCACUACCACUCGGGCAAGUUUGUCUUCUCGCAGUUCGCCAACAACUCUGGCUGGCCGGACGGCUGGGCCUUCUUCGUUGGUCUCCUGUCCGCCGCGUACAUCCUCACGGGGUACGGCACCGUCUCGGCCCUGUGCGAGGAGGUACACAACCCCGAGCGCGAGGUGCCGCGCGCCAUGGUACUUUCUGUCGCUGCGGCGUUCGUGACGGGCAUUGUGCUUCUCAUCCCGCUCGCCAUCACGCUCCCAUACGACAUUGACGCGCUCCUCGCCGUGCCCUCGGGCCAGCCGAUGCCGCUCCUCUUCAAGAUGGUGACCCACUCUGCGCCGGCGGCAAUGGGCCUCCUCUCCCUCGUGCUCGGCAUCUGGGCGUUCGCGUCCGUCGGCUCGCUGACCACCGCAUCGCGCGCGACGUGGGCCUUCUCGCGCGACGGCGGCAUCCCCGGCUCGCAGUGGUGGAAGCGCGUCAACACGCGCCGCGGCGUGCCGGUCUGGUCGCUCACGCUGUCGACCAUCGUGUGCGGCCUCCUCGGCCUGCUGUACCUCGGCUCGUCGGCCGCCUUCAACGCCUUCACGGGCGUCGCGACCAUCUGCCUCGGCUGCUCGUACGCCUUCCCCAUCCUCUGCUCGCUCCUCACCCGCCGCGAGCACAUGUCGCGCGCGGCGUACCCGCUUGGCAACACGCUCGGGUACACGGUCAACAUCGUCGCCGUGGUGUGGAUCUCGUUCAGCAUUAUCCUGUUCUGCAUGCCCACGGCCAUCCCCGUCACUGCCGAGACGACAAACUACGCGUCGGUCGUGUUCGUCGCCUUCGCCGUCAUCGCCGCGACCUGGUAUUUUGUCAACGCGCGCAAGCACUACACUGGCCCGCUGGUGUCGGUCGUGCGCAGGGAGGAGGAAGCGCAGUCUAGGAGGGCCUCGGCUGCUCCCUCGCGCGUGCAGUCGCGUGUCGAGCGUGUCGAGGGUGCGUAA